UUGCAGAGUGAUGUUCUUCACCAACCGCUCUACGAUCUCAUCCAUUCCGAGGAUCGCGAUGACAUUAGGCAACAACUGAAUUUGGCCUAUUCCCUUCCACCUGGCAGUACGAAUCCCCAGGAUCUCUACGAGCAAGAAAACUCUCAACAUCUUGAACGCAAUGUGAACGCCCGAUUUCGAUGCCUUCUCGACAACACCUGCGGAUUCCUGCGGAUAGACAUGCGAGGGAAGUUGCUGUCCCUGCACGGCCUGCCAUCAUCGUACGUUCUUGGAAGGAGCAAUCCAGGUCCAGUAAUGGGAAUGAUCGCAGUUUGCACGCCAUUUGUCCCUCCUUCGUCUACAGACGUUCUUGCAGAGGAUCAAAUUCUGAAGACAAAACAUCAGCUGGAUGGCACGCUCGUGUCAAUGGACGAUAAGGUCCAUGCUAUGUUGGAAUUGAGCGAGAGUGAGUUGCCAAUCUCCUUCUACAGCCUCGUGAACGUCGAAGAUGCCGUUUGCUUGGCUGAAGCUCACAAAGAAGUGAUCAAAAACGGGUCUAGUGGUCUACUGAUCUAUCGAUUGGUGAGCACGAAAUCGAAUCGGACCGAAGUCGAGGGCACAAUGCUUCUGGAGAAGCGGUCAUCGUUGAAGGCAAAAUUGCUGUCGUUCGAUGAUUCUUUCCUGCAAUCACCUCGAAAUCUCCAAUCAACAGCCGCUCUUCCACUGCCACCGCCCAGAGACGACAAUGAAGGAGGGAGUCCCUUUGCCACUCCUCUACCAAUCGCUCCCGGACCGCGACCGAUCAAGAACAGCGACUUUUCUCUGUUCCCUCCCGCACUCGUCUCAAAAAUGGACCACUGGCAUCUGCUACAACCGCCUCUACAGGAAUUCAGCCUACCGCUGGCACCAACAUUACCAGGCGAUAUUCCACCGUGGGCACCCGAUCCAUGGUCCGGAGAGCUUUAUCCUCACUACCACAGUCCCUUAAGUUACCAAGCCUCAAUCCAACCACUACCUCGACCAGCAUAUCACGAGUUGACAACUUCUGAAUGUCAGCAGUGGCACAAUACAGGUCAAUUACACACUAUGAAUCAUAGUGUGAGCCUGACGAACAUGGAAGACACCUCUCAAUUUCUCGUUAAAGACCUUUCACAUGGCUAUCCGCUUGCUGUCGACUACAAUAAGGUUCCGAUUGAAUACCCGAUGUCUACCGUACUACCGCCUCAGGCCAACGGUUUCCAAGUUCAUCUCAGAAGUCACCAACACAUUACUAGGGCAGUAGCUAUUGUGACGGGUUUCCGUGAGGGCAGAAAAGGCUCGCUCGCUCGAUGUAAUCGACUUCUCGAGCCCGGCAUAUCAUAG